UUUCCCGUCCUGCUCCGUUCCUUGGUCUUUCCCUCCUCUCCCCUUCUCCUCAUCCCUGGCUCCUUCCCUCCCCUCCCGUUCCGCUCCAUCCCUAGGUCUUUCCCUCCCCUCCUGUCCCGCUCUGCCUCUGGCUCUUUUCGCUGUUCUCCCGCUCCCUCCCUCCCUCCCUCUCUCUCGUUCCGUCCCAUCCCCGAGUCUUUCCUUCUUCUCCCGUCCUGCUCUAUCCCUGAGUAUUUCUUUCCUCUCCCGUCCCUCUCUGUCUCUGUGUUUUUCCGUCUUCUCCCGUCCUGCUCCGUCCCUGGGUCUCUCCCUCUUCUCCCGUCCCGCUCCAUCCAUCCGUGCGUGUCUCCCUCUUCUCCCGGCUCUGCAUCCCGGUCAUUCCCGGGACCAGUUCCCUCUCGGGCGAUGCCAUUGCCAGCUACGGAGCUUCACACCUCGGAGCGGGUGGUCGUGCUGGUGUCCUGCGUGCUCUCCUUCCUGGGUUCCAGCCUCCUGGUGUGCACCCAUGCCCUCUGGCCGGAGCUGCGCACCCGUCCCAGGCAGCUCCUGCUCUACCUGUCUCUGGCAGACCUGCUCUCAGCCCUCUCCUACUUCUACGGGGUGCUGCAGGACUUCGACAAGACCUCGUGGGACUGCGUGCUGCAAGGCGCCCUGUCCACCUUCUCCAACACCAGCUCUUUCUUCUGGACCAUGGCCGUUGCCCUCUAUCUCUAUAUCAUCAUUGUCAGGGGCUCACCCACGGGCACGGGCUUGCUCUGCUGCUUCCACAUCGUGAGCUGGGGAGUCCCCCUCGGCAUUACAGUGGCUGCUGUUGCUAUGAAGAAGAUUGGCUAUGAUGCCUCCAAUGUUUCUGUGGGCUGGUGUUGGGUCAACUUGGAUGCAGAGGAUCGGGUCUUGUGGAUGUUGUUAACGGGGAAAGUCUGGGAGAUACUGGCAUAUGUGACUUUGCCGGUGCUCUACAUUCUCAUCAAGAAGCACAUUAAUAGAGCGCAUGCAGCUCUCUCAGAGUAUCGCCCCAUUCUCUCAAGAGCACCUGCAUUUCAGCCCCGGACUUCCAUAGCAGAUAAGAAGUUGAUUCUCAUCCCUGUCAUCUUUAUCAUCCUCCGCAUCUGGAGCACUGUGCGAUUCAUUCUGACCCUCUGUAACUCCCCUGCAGUGCAAAAUUCAGUCCUGGUUGUUCUGCAUGGAAUUGGUAACACGUUCCAAGGAGGUGCCAACUGUAUCAUGUUUGUCCUCUGUACGCGGGCAGUCCGGACUCGGCUCUUUUCCUCCAUUUGGUGUUGCUGCUGCAAUGAGUUGGAUUUGGCUUCACAAAGAUCAGACGGCUUCUGGCAGCACCCAGAACCCCACAAGGAUGUGCCAGCCCCUGAGAGGAUAAAAUCCGUGCUUUCCAGCACCUGAGUCUGGGCUGCCUACAUCUUGGGGUUGAUUUCUUCUUUCUUGGUGCAAGUUUGUCCCAGAAUCCACAGAGGGAACUAAAACCUGGGGAAAAGCACCACUGGAGUGGCUGAGGAAACGGAAGAGGUCCUGUUCCUCCUCAGCGUUCAGAUCCCAGCUGCUUCCAUCUUGAACUUUGCUCAGGAUCUUCAGGAAGAUACUGUUUGUCUGUGCUCCAGCUUCCUGGGUUUUGUCCCUCCUUGCCCUCUCCCUCCACUAUAAAUCUUGAAAAUUGUUUGGGGUUUUGCUGUUCUGUCUGACAAGAUGAAUGUGUUGCAAGUUCUGGGGUGAACAAAUAUCAUGGUGAAUAGGACUGUCCUGAGCAUGGAUUUCAGUCCUAGUGUGUGAGGUCUUCCAGGAAGCUCCAGACUGGCUCCUGUUCUUCAUUUGAAUGUGGACAAUAUUGUACAAAGAUGCUUGUUUUGUGGUGGGGAUGGAUGAUAUCUCGUGAUGGUUUGUCCUGCUUGGUGGUUAGGGGCUGUUGUCAUCAGGGUUUGUGGUGGCAGCAUGCUUAUUGUCUUCUGGGGAAAUCUGAACUCUGCAGACUCCCUUGGUGCUUGGGGAUAUCUGGGUGUACCACCCCAGUCUCUGACAAGGAAGCCCUCACCAGCAGCCAGAUGAUGCCUGGUGUGUGCUCUGAACUCCAGAUGUCUUCUGCCAAAGCACAGGCUGUGGUCUGUUCUUGCUUUGGGAGUGUUUAUCAGAGCUGUGGAGGGGAUGGGUUUUGUUUACUAUUUGAAGGUAGUGUUUUACCUUAUUUACAGCUCCUCGCUUGCUUGUAUUUUAAACGUUUUCUCCAACUUUUACAAAAUAAAGAUUUAUUCUUUACCAAGA